CCUCGUGCGCUCGCUCAAAGGCGGCGGGAAGUUGGUCUUCUGAGCAGGAACUGAGCAGCCUGCGGACUGAUUGGAGCCCAUGGACCAAUAAACAAACGUCUCAUUGGCGAGAUGCGCGCAGGCGCGAGCCCCCCAGCUUCCCAUUGGGCCUUUCCAGCGGAGGGGGCGUGGCCCGAGGGCUCCGCCCCUCGCCUCGGCCCAGCCUUGGGGUCCCCGCAGAGGGUUCGAGAAUCCUCGGGCCCGAGUCUCCGUGCUGUUCUACGGUGCCGGCUAAGCGGAGCCGGGAUGCGCUGUGCCUGCUGCGGGUCCUCAUCAUGGAGUCCAAACGCCUGGAGAUUCCCGGCAGCGUCCUGGACGAUCUCUGCAGCCGAUUUAUUUUGCAUAUUCCUAGCGAGGAAAGAGACAAUGCAAUCCGAGUUUGCUUCCAGAUCGAGCUCGCCCAUUGGUUUUACUUGGAUUUCUACAUGCAGAACACACCAGGAUUACCUCAGUGUGGGAUAAGAGACUUUGCCAAAGCUGUCUUCAGUCAUUGUCCAUUUCUGCUGCCACAAGGCGAAGAUGUGGAAAAAGUUUUGGAUGAAUGGAAGGAAUAUAAAAUGGGAGUGCCAACCUAUGGUGCAAUCAUUCUUGAUGAGACGCUUGAGAAUGUACUGCUGGUUCAGGGGUACCUGGCAAAAUCAGGCUGGGGGUUUCCAAAAGGAAAAGUAAACAAAGAGGAAGCACCCCAUGACUGUGCUGCCAGAGAGGUCUUCGAGGAAACUGGUUUUGAUAUCAAAGACUAUAUUUGUAAGGAUGAUUAUAUCGAACUUCGAAUCAAUGACCAGCUCGCUCGUUUGUACAUCAUCCCAGGAGUUCCAAAAGAUACCAAAUUUAACCCCAAAACUAGAAGAGAAAUUAGGAACAUUGAGUGGUUCUCCAUUGAGAAGUUGCCGUGUCAUAGAAAUGAUAUGACUCCCAAGUCCAAGCUUGGCUUGGCACCUAAUAAGUUUUUUAUGGCCAUUCCCUUUAUCAGACCCCUAAGGGACUGGCUGUCUCGAAGAUUUGGAGAUUCCUCGGACAGUGACAACGGCUUUUCCUCAGCUGGUAGCACACCAGCCAAGCCCACUGUGGAAAAAUUGAGUCGAACAAAAUUCCGCCACAGUCAGCAGCUGUUUCCUGAAGGUUCUCCUAGUGACCAGUGGGUAAAACACAGGCAGUCGCUGCAGCAGAAGCCUCACAGUAACCAUACGGAAGUGUCUUCGGACCCUUUUAAAGCCAAGAAUCAAAAUAUGAGAGGGAAUGGCAGAAAACAGUAUCAAGAUUCGCCUAAUCAAAAGAAGAGAACAAAUGGAGUUCACAGUCAAGCAGCCAGGCAGCAGAACCCCUUGAUGAAAUGUGAAAAGAAGCUGCAUCCACGAAAACUUCAGGACAACUUUGAGACAGAUGCUGCAUCUGACUUGCCUUGUUCUGGUGAAGACCCAUCGGUAGAACAUGUUGAGGGACACUCUGUGGCAUGUAAUGGACAUUGCAAGUUCCCGUUUUCAUCCAGAACCUUCCUGAGUUUCAAGUUUGACCAAAAUGCUAUAAUGAAAACCUUGGACCUUUGAUCCGCAGCAAGUGUAUUGCAGAAGUCCCAUGAUCAGAGACCUGUUACAUUGAAUGUGUCUCCUCAAGCCUUACCUUUCUCAGGUAUCUGGAAGAAAUGCAGGGAGGCAGUCUCUAAAGAGAUUUUCUGUACAGAAGAGAAACUAGAAAGAAACAGGAGUUUGCACUGUAAAUGCAUUUAGAACUUUUUAUAUGGAUUUACCGUUUCAGUGUUCGGAACCAACCACGUUUUAGUCGCCUCUGUUUUUUUGUCUUUUCCUUUUUUACGGGCAUUUAUUUUGUAUUCUCAUAGUAGCCAUGUUAAUAGUAGUAUUUCAUCUCCCCAUCUUAGUGACUGCAAUGAGUUUUCUGACUGAAAAUUUUAAAAGUAACUUAACUCCCCAAUUGUGUUCGUGAGCAUUUAGAGCUGAAACGUCACAUCAGGAUUGCAGGCAUUUUGCUCAUUUCUCUGUUUCUAACCACUGAGAAUCUAAUCCUGUUUGGAAUUUUCUCAGUUUAUUUAGAAUCAGCAUCUUGAAAACAGUCCUCAUUUGCACAGUGGACUCUUGAGCACUUCAUCAGGACAGAGGCCACAGCCUGCAGGGAGGUUGAGUUGGUGAGGGUUGAUACUGUAAUUCUGAGCUGUGGUGUAUGCUAUCAGCAAACCUAGGAGUGCUGGGGCAGAGAGCAUGGAAUCCAGUCGCUGGCAGUUACCUCGGGUCAUGCCUUGACCGUCUGCGUCCAGCUGUUCAGUAUUGUGCAAUGAGUAUGCUCAUGGGAAAUAAUCCAUACAUUCUCUAGUGUAAGUAUGUGUGGAAAACUACAUUCUUAGUUUUAUAUUGCAUCUCAGUGUUGAUCUGUGGAAGCUGAUGUUAUAUUAGGUUCCAGCUUGCCAUAAUAGCAGAGUAACAUGCUUUUUAUUAAUAUCUUGAAGCCCCUGAGUUAUAAAGUGAGAAAAGAAGGGGUUAUGCAAUUUACCCAUAAGUACAGCGUGUUGCUGGGGGACCCUUUAAGUAAUGUACUUAGCUCACACCUAAGAAUGUAUUUUGUAUUUUGCUCCUUUGGGGCUCUUAAAUCCAAACAAGGAUGACAAUGCUAUUUUACAAGGGCCACCUGUAACUGAGGACAAUCACCAGAGCUUUAAGGAGGCAAUGGCAUUUUGGCUGUAUCUGACCUCGCUGAGAAUACUUCCUGGGGGUGGGAUGGGGUGUUCAAGUGCAUGCGUGCCCGUGCAUCUAUCAUUGGGUUUUUAAAAGUUGCUUUUUACAAGUGGUAUCCACAAAGUAUAUCUCUGCUUAUAAAUAUUACUAUAGAAAUCUUUAUUCUUUAUAUGUAGCCUACUUGAUAGGGGUUCUCCUUAGCCCCAAGAGACUUUGAAAGGAAGGGCUAUUACUAUAAGGAAUUCACUUGGUAUUACUAUGUUGCUUUUGCUUUUAAAUGGCUGGUUUUAAAGAAGAAAUUCUGUUUAUUAAUGAAAAGUGUCACUCUCGGUGCUAAGCAGGAGACUUCACAGUGAUACAGUGUGUCUAGAAUCUUUUAUGGAACUACUUUGUGAAUCCUUCUGUGACCUGUGCUGUUUAACACAGAUUUGAUUGUGUUAGGAAGCCUGUGCUGUUCUUCUCAGAAAUACGGCUGCUUUGGUUGGGUCUUCUUGAGCCAUAUUUAUAGUUGGUCCCAGCAUUCCAGAUUUCUGUUAAAUGGUUAAGGGAGUGAAAAUUUAGUUUGCUCCCCAGAUGAGCCGUUUUCACUCGUUCAUUCUCAUCUGGAAACCAUUUAAGUGUGUGUGUGUGUGUGUGUGUGUGUGUGUGUGUGUGUGUGUGUGUGUGUGUGUGUGUGUCUCAAUACUAAAGCAACAGCGUCAUUACCAGUAGUGUGGCCUCUAAAGUUGUUGACUGUAAGAACCAUCAAAUGCUGUGCUGCUUCAUUGAAUGCACUGUGGAACAAAGCAAGGGUAUGGUUGGGAUGCAAUUAUAACUGUGGGCUUUUGCUCUCACACAAAUCUGAGGUUAAAAGCAUGCUGGAAGGAAAAUUGAGGUUUGUAUGUCUGAUGUGACUCAACUAUGCAGACAAUUUUAAGUUGGUGUACCUUGUUAAUAUACAUGUGCCAUACUCACUCUUUCAUUCUCCAGGUUAUCUGAGAGACCAUUGUUAGCACAGGGUGGAUUUCUUUUCUGAACUGUGUUAGCAUUUCUUCACAGAAUCUGGUGAUGAAGAUGCUGAAUAUGCAAUAAUGUACUUCUGUUUAGUGCUGUGUUUUAAGACGCUAGAUGGAACAGUAGCUAUGUCAGCCUUAUUAUGUUUUGUGUAUUUGUGGAGUGGGACUUUGAAAUCACUUUUAAACAUCUUUAGGACCCAACCGCAUGUGUUCCAAGGUGCAGUGCACUGUGAAUCUUUUUAAGUCUAAGUUUGUAGGUGCUUUUAUGUGUGAUUUCAGUGGUUUGAAGAAUGUUAAAUAACUUUGUCCUUAAACAUGUUACUCCAAGAGACAAAGAAUACAGUUUACAUACUUUCUGUAAGUUUUUGUUAAGAAAUAGUGAAUGAAUGACUGUAGGGUUUCAAACAGUGAUUCUGUCCUGAGACAUGAACAUUUGGAGGGUGGUAGCUUGGGUGAAAUUGGUUAAACAUGUUGAAAGAUCAAACUAGAUUUUUGUACCAGUAUAAACAAAUAGUUUCCCAGCACUGUCACAGGAGUUGUGGUCACUGCUUGCUGUUUUGACCUUUGAAUAUCAUUAUUUUUAUAUUAAAUACUAAUUAGUAAUUACAGAUAAUGGAGCUAUAUAGCAGAUUAAUAUUAUGCUGUAAGACUUGGCUGUACUUUUUCUUUGGAGGUUUUAGUAAUUUACAUGUACUGUCAAUAAAAAUUGCAAAUUUUAGAGAAUGGCUAUAGGAAUCAACUUCCUUUAUAGAAUACUGUGUUUUCUAAGAAUGUUAAGGACUGGUGCCUGUGUACAUUUAAAACAUUUCAUUAGCAAGCCCUCAUCAAGCAGUCUGUUUCUUUAGCCUUAGUUAAGCAGUGGGGGUUGGGGGGACUAAAAUUGAUCAUUUGCUGGGCAGCUUCCUUCCUGUGGCCUCUUGACCUUCCCUCUACCUGUGCAGCUCCUUCUUGGAGACUUUAAUGACAGCAGUUGUGUCUGUGUUUUCUGAGGCAGUAUUUUCUUUGUGUUAUUAAUCUUGGCUGUGUUCAUUAACGUUUCUUCCUCCUGGUCUUGAGUUGGAUUAUCGUGUGGCCUGAGAGAAGUUCAGAUGUGUUGUGACUUGCAUUGACCAUCAACAAAAGAAACCACUGUUGUAUCUAAAGGUAUUAUCACCUUUCUGUAUUGGUGUUACUUCUUACAGCUUGCUAAAGCUGGGCCAGUACGGAUCAUCCCAGCUGUCUUAACACUUUAGAAUACAUUUGUAUAGUCCUAAAAGUCUAGAAAUGGGCUUAUAGUAGUCGUUCUCCUCAUCUUUCUAUAUAUAGAACUGGUUUAUUCCUGAAGCCUGUGUCAGACAGGGCAAAUUGAGGUCAGCAAUCUGAGGUUUGUCAGAAGUAGAUUGCCAUUUCCAGCAGUUGCUCGGCCGAGUGCGAGGAAGAAACUACUGAGCAUGGCUGGAUGCUCCAGGUGAGAAAUGUGGCCAGUGCCCAGCUGAGCAGUCUGUCCCUCCCAAGCAUUUUCACUCCUCAAUGAAAUGUUUCUAAGUAUGAUUGCCAAGAAACCCAUUGAUUCUAAUGUAAUUUUUCUCUUUGAGGCCUAGUGCUUCAGUCUUUUCUGUAGUAAUUCUGGGGAGCUGCAGGCACUUGGGGUUUGUUUGUUUUUAACUUAAAUUUCCUUUUAAUGUGUAUGGACGUUUUGUGUGUGUGUGUGUGUGUGUGUGUGUGUGUGUGUGUGUGUGUGUGUGUGUGUGUGUGUGUCACAUGUGUGCCUGGUGCCCAAGGGCGUCAGAAAAGGGUGUGGAUCCCCGGAACUGGAAUUACAGUGUUGGAACUGGAACCCAGGUCCUCUGUUAGAACACCCAAUGCUCCUGUCCCCUCUGUUGUUACAAGAUAGCCCAGAGUUUGGUGCAGUCUCUGGCAUGUGAGUGUGCUGCCAGCAGUUCCCUUGUGAUGAACGGCAGUUGUUACUGAAGUUCUCUAUCUGGGGAGAGUGGCGCCUUGGCCCACUUGUGCUCAGAACUGGAUGUAAAGUCAUUCUGUUAACUCAGUGCUGACAAGGGGCUCUCGGUUGUUUGGGUUUCCUAUGUGCUUCUUCCUACUUUGUGUUAAAGCUCGGAGGCUUUAUCUUGAUAAGGGUUGACAGUAGACUAUCUAGCUUGCACAAUACAGAGAUGGCGUUUAUCUUGAGUCGUAGUGUAGCAGAGGCAGGGGCAGCUGCCUGAAAGCACAGUCUAAAAGGAUUCACCUCAAGAUGCUAGGAAGUUGUGCAGUGUUGGUCAAGGGUUCUCUGGGGAAAGAGAUGCAGAAGUCAGUUUCAGGUCUGGCUUGCUCAUCCUAGUGGACAUAGGUUGGUUUUCAGUGGCAGGUAAAGCCCUCAGGUUUUGGGUAGUUUGGGUUGAUGUUGUUACUAGCCUGUCUGUUGAGUGCCAUUUUUUGAGCAUCUGUUUUGGUAAUCAGUCUUUGUUUAUGCUGUAUCUCUAAUGUAUCUGGCACCAGGAGAAUUUGCCAUAACUUCUUAACUCUUGAGCCUUGAGCAUCUAGACAAACUAUGCUCUCUCUAGUCAAUGGAUGUAGCUAUGAAGUUGGUGUGGGAACAAAGAAAACACUUCAGUGUAGUUCUAGGAAGAAAUGGGCAACAUUUCCUAGUCCUUAGUUCUUAGAAUAGUGAACUUGUAAAGUAGAGAGUCAUAUACUUUCUGCUUCCAAUGAUUUGAUCCACAUGUCUAAAUCAAAUAGUUCUAGACUUCUCUGGGACAAAAUUGUACAUUUUUAAGCCAUUUCUCAAGGUUGCCAGCUGUGAGCUUUGAAGGGACGGCUACGGAUGGCUUGGUGAGUUGCAGUGAUGCAUCUGGAGAUGGACAGUGGUGUGCUUGGACAAUGGUGUGCACAGAACCUUGGGAAAGCAUGACGUGGUCCUGAAGGAGAAUGCAUUUCACUGCUGUCAGUAUAGCACAUUUUGGUGUGUGUUUCAAUGGUGGAAAAGUAACUUAAAUGUCAAAUGUAAUGUCCAAGGAAGGAGCCUUUCAUUUUUCACAUUUUGUUUCAAAUUAGGACAGCAGACAGAUGUUCCAUUGUAUUUGUCAGUUUAACAAAUAGGAGAGAAUAGUAAAACCCUCAACUUUGCUUUAACUUUUAAAAACUAGUUUUUAUAUUUGCUAAUUAGUUGUAAAUGUUAUAAUAGUUUUAAAAUGAAUAUUCACUUACUAGGCCUAUGUAUGAUUCAGUUAGUCUGCUGGCUUCAAUGAAACCAUAAUGAAUCUUCAUGAAUGUUCAUGUAUUUAUAAGUGAUAUUCUCUUAAUUAAGGUAGUCCCAAAUCUGGCCAGGCAUGGUGGUAUACACCUGUAAUCCCAACACUUGGGAGGCAGAGGCAAGAGGAAUCUCUUGAAUUUGAGGCCACCCUGGUCUACCAAUCAAGUUCCAGAACAGUCAGGGCUAUACAGAGAAGCCCUGUCUCAAAAAUAAUUAAUAAAUAAAGGAUAGUCUUAAAUGUAACAAAAGUGAAGCAUACCAUUUAGUUUGGGUGCAGAAGUGAGUGAAAGUUGUAUAGUUUUAAGCACCAUGUCUUUGAAGGUUUGCACUGUGCUGUGAAGGCCUGAUGUUCCUGAACAGUGCAGGCUUGACAACUGUAAGUUUGUCUAGAAAAGGUAAAUGAUAUGCUGAGUCAUGGAAGCUACAAAAGUUGAUGCACAAACUUUGCUUCAUUAAGGAUAUAAUGUUUCAGUGGAAAAAAACCUGGGCUUUAGAAUAGAUUGUCUCACAUUUUUGUCUUACAUGAAAUAAUUUUAACAUUUAACCUUUGCGUAACUUACAACUGUGUUUUAUUACUUGAGUCUUGAACAUUUUAAUACUUGGGGAAAGAUGAUGUAACCCUUCUACGUAAUUAUGUCUGUGGUAGUAUGAAAGUUGUUUGCUUUAUUGUGGUUAAUAGCCAAACAUUUAAGGACACCAAAAAGAAAUCCACAAAGUAGCCUGUUGGGUUUGUUGUGUUGUGACAACAGCCUUUAGAGCUAGGUUUAUUCAGUGCCAUCCGACCCCUUCCUCACGGUCAGUGUCUAUGAAAUGAUUGGAACUGGUUUUCACUUACAUUGGUGUGACUGUCAUAAAUUUCCAGUGACAGGGGUUUGAGACUUAGUGAGUCUGGAACAUUGUACAUCCAAAGACAUGGAGAUUAACACCUGUAUUCUCCACUGAGAUAUGCAGUGUUGUCAUUAACCGUAAGCAUACUGUAACUUCUAAAGGCAUUUUGAAUGUAAUCCACACUAGUUUAAAAGCUAAAACCAUACCCUACAUAAUAGAUUUACAAUGAUGGAAGGUUACCCACAUUGACUUUCUGUAAAAUGUGUUAAAUUUGGUGCAAUUCUGCCUGUUUAUAAUGCAUUGCCAAUAAAAUUGGCUCUGUUUUAGUUGCUGUUUACCAUUGUUUCGGCCCCUGUCACUUCGUGUAAUUUUAAGUCAUUACUGUUACUCUUGGCUGCCAUCUCUUGGGACCAAAAAGGUUUAUGAAGUUCUGUUUGUGUUAAUAGAAAUAUUAAACGUAGGAUCCAUUCAGAAAUGUGAGCAGCAGGAAUGUCAUCUUUGUCUUAAUUCAGUUUGUCUCUCUCAGCAGGGGUAUAGUGGUGGACUAGAGGUAUAACCUGGACGAGUAAAGUUCCUUAAGCUUGGGCCAGAACCAGGCCUUCCAGCGGCAUGUCCUGCUAGCCUUGGGUCUCAGGCAGAAAGAGAAAUUUCUCAGAAAGAGAAAUACAUUGGUUUUAUUUUCUUUAGAGUUCAGCUAUAUAACUUAUCAAAAGUUCUUUCCAUGGAGCAGAAAGUCAGUGUAAAACCCUUCUGACGUGCUAGGAAAACGCUAUCUCAUAGUUUACAUCUGACUCUCUGAUUAGUUUUCCAAAAGAUUGAAUUCUGUGUAUGCUGUUUGUGAAGGCAGUCAAAUAAAAAUUGGUGAUGAAUGAGAA